AUGACUCGUCCUCCAGUGGUUCAUGGGGCGUUUUCGUUAGGUCUAUCUGUAGCAAUUUUAAAAGGAGUGAAAAAAACAGUUCGUAAACAUUUGGAAAAGCGAGGAUGGAUAGAGCCUCGGAAAGUGGACUAUGAGUUCAUUUUCACCAUAGACAGGUUGAAAAACUUGGUAGAUGAGAAGGACGGGACUGCAGCUGUCUGGCAGCACGAUACCAGUGAAUUGAGCUGGCGGAAAGUGUUAAAUUUUGUCUCAAAUCAAUUCAGCGAGCUUGAUACGCGAAUAUACGUUCUUUUAUUGCUUCUGUGCGUUCUACUGCCUAUUGCCUGGACUGUUUUGGACGGUGAUAGCGAGGACUUGCUUAAUGAUAACGAUAACGACGAUAAUGUGGGCCUUAUUGGGAGCAAAAUAAGGCUGAAACACUACAAUGAUGGCGAAAGGGCAGUGCUACAAUUCGGCAAAAGUAGAUCCGAACCGAUUAUACUCAGCUAUAAGGACAUGGACAUGCCUGAAGAAGACCGUGAGUUUACUACCAAGAAGGAGCGUGAGGACUGCCAGUUGGUAAGCAAGAGCGAGAAUGCAUUGGACAAGGUAGAGAAUGUAGAGAGUCCUGGUGGCCAGGCGAAACAACAUUUGGAAGUGGAUACGCAAUGUAACAGGGACGAGUCGGGCGAGAAAAUAAAUGGGGAGGGCGAUAGCAGCAAGGAAGAAGACCGCUGUUCCAGUUCAGAAGUAGGGUCGCAUGAUGAAUCCAAGGAAGAAGUUGUAACAGAUCCCGAAUUCCUCUCAAGGGAUACCAGAACGACAUCUUCCCUCAAAUCCAGCAUAUCGUUCCCAAUAUCAUUCAAGGGCUCAAUAAAUCAGCCUUCAUCGUUAUUGCAUUUACAAGUAUCGCCGACAAAAUCUACCAAUCUCGAUGCCCAAGUGAAUACCGAACAGGCUUAUUCUCAACCAUUUAGAUACUAA